AUGGCUGACGAAACUUUACCAACUGAACCUGUCGCAAAAGAGAGAAAAUCUCUUCAUGUUACGACUAUUGUGGCUAAAGUUACUGAAGUGGUCCUCGCGGUGUUUAUCAUCGGCUUAGUCGUGGACCCGCUGAAUUCGUACCAUCAAAGGAUGUACAACAGACCGAGGUCGAAACUGGACGAUGUUGCACUUAUCUACACGACUGUCGCGGGGUAUUUGCUUAUUAACCUGCUCUUCAUAAUCGGGCAUGCCCUGGGAGACAAAAUUCCGAAGCGAAUGAUAAUCAUGUUCUCAGUAGUAGGAGCUAUUAUGCACCUGAUCUCAGCAAGUGUAAUGGUUCACAGCUGGAGAAAAGCAGUAGGUUCUUACUUCGACGUCCAGAACAACAACAUCUACUCGAGUAAAAUGUACAAUGACAUGAUGAUCUCCGCAUCAGUGUUUACAUUCAUAAACGCGGCUGUUUACGCCGCUGAAGUCUUCGUCACAGUGAAGUACUCGUAG